AUGGCCGAUAACAGAGGAGAAGCGCGUCGUACUGAUGUCCUUGCAAAAGAACGCGACCGGAUGCGCCAGGAGUACGAACGCCAGAAACAAGCCCUAGUUAACGAGACUGAGAAAGCUCGCCCUUCGAACAACAAAUUCGUCGGUCAAAAUGAUUCAAUGGAAGAGUCGUUAAAGAAGAGCACUGUGGGUUUAGUCAGGCUAGAAGAUUUUCAGCAGAGGAGGAAAGAGCUGGAGGAAGCCAAAGCCCGCGAGGCGGCUAGGACGAACGAACUCAAGGAUGAGCAGAAGAAAGUGAAGAAGCGGAAGAAGACUGCCAAGGCGACCUUGUCGUUUGCUAUGGACGAAGAGGGAGCAGACGACGGUACACCCACGCCGGCUGAGGACUCUGGAAGUGAACCACCUUCUAAGCGGUCGAAAUUCCGCAAGAACCCCGACGUUGACACCUCUUUUUUGCCCGACCGGGACCGUGAAGAAGCUGAGCGGCGGGAGCGGGAAAGGCUUAGGAAAGAAUGGUUACAACGACAGGAAGAAAUGAAACAAGAGGAGAUUGAGAUCACUUAUUCGUAUUGGGAUGGGACCGGUCACCGGAAGAGCGUCGUCUGCAAGAAAGGAGAUGAUAUCGCGGCUUUCCUGUCGAAGUGCAGGCAGCAAUUUCCUGAGUUACGGGGUGUCAGUGUGGAUAAUUUGAUGUAUAUCAAGCAUUACACCUUCUACGACUUCAUCAUAAACAAAGCACGUGGGAAGUCGGGUCCAUUAUUCAACUUCGACGUGCAUGACGACGUACGCUUAUUGGCGGACGCUACCAAGGAGAAGGACGAGUCGCAUGCCGGUAAGGUAGUGGAACGGAGUUGGUAUAAUAAGAAUAAGCAUAUAUUCCCCGCUUCGAGAUGGGAGGUCUAUGACCCGGAGAAGACCUAUGGCAAAUAUACUAUUGCUUGA